GUUGAGCAACUCAGUUCAUACGCGUGCAUGUGACGACCGCGGAGAAAGAGUGCCACAGCCACGGGAUAGGAAGAAGAGAGAGGGAGAGUGGUGAAUCCAGACGAUAGUGCUCGCGCGUAAUACAAUAUCGAGCCUCGCGCGAUACGAUUGAUCAUGCUGCGGCGAAACUACGUGAAUGGAAAGUAACUCUCUCGGUGACCUGGGGAUUAUAAUUAAAAGCAAGAUGGUUCUGUGCGCACGAAAGAGCUGUAAACGCGACCAGCGGCCAAGGAUUAUCAAUUCCCUGUAAUCCUUAAUGGCGCCAAGCCCUAGACAUUGACUAGAGGUACAAGGCAAUUAAGAAAGAAGAGAAGAGUGUCCGCCUAAGAGGAGAAUUUUCGGAGGAGGAUGCUCGGCAGUUGGGGCUGGGAAGAAGAAUUGGAGUUGGGAGAGGGAACAGCAGCAACCCUGUCGCAAGAUAGACAAAGACGAGAGAGCCCAGACUCGACGCAUCCUGUCCCCGACAGCCGGGUGCUGAGGUAUGCACCCAGCCGGUGUCACCACCCUCCCAGCUUCAACUCGCCACAUUUCAGCACACAGCCUCCUCUCGACUGUACGGACUAGCAGCGUGAGGCGGCCAAAAUGCUGACUGCUCAUUCAGAGAUGCACGAGAAACGGGGAGAUCCCCUUGGAGGCGGACAAUAUGGGGCGGGCGGGGGUGGUGGCGGCAGUUCGAUCGACGAGAAAUCUAUCCAUGAACAACCACCCCCGCCGCUGGCGCCACCUCAGCGGGAUCCAUCCGAUCCAACGAUCAGCGCUAAGAAACUUCCAAAGAAACGAAAGUUCGAUCCGUCGGAGCUCGAGGAAAUGGACAAGACCAGCAAUGUAACAAGCAAUAUAAACAACAUGGUGAACAUACGGACACCGAGCAUGACGCUCGGCAGUCAGUCUGGUUUAGUUCAACAGUCAACCAUAACCCGGCAGUCUCCGCAACAGCAAGAAUCCGAUUGUUAUCAAGUAUCUUCAGCACAUUCGGUGGUAGUUCUACCGCCUCAAAGUACAGCAGUGGAUUAUUCUCUUCGGGAAGAACCUUUACGUUCGCGUCCUCGGCCUGCUACCGUUGCUAUUGAUCUCAGUGAGUGGUGCGAUCACAGAGUGUUAGCUUUAAGGGAUUCGUAUUAUUAUCCGGGUGUUAUUCGUGACGUUGUUCAAGGCGAGAUUUUCAUAGAAUUCGACGGGGAACGAAAGCUAGUGCGUUACACUGACGUUUUGGGCGCGGGGAGGUACGAUGUGAUAGGCGAUGCAAGCCCGUCCGUGGGGCACGUGACUUUAGAUGCGAAAGUUUGCAUCAGGUGUCCAACGUCGAGCAAUCACAUCGAUGCGACUAAAGUGUUUGUGAAGGGGACAGUGUGCAAGAUAUUAACGAAGCCUAAGCGUUUUGUUGUGAAAAUACCAAGGGAGGACGAUCAGAGUGACAGUUACGUUGUGAAACGUGCGGACCUUCGAUUAGUACAGCCCCCGUGGUGGGACGAAUUGGAGGAAGGAUUGGAAGACUGUGAUUCUUCGAGAGUCGAUGGAAUUGAACAUGGCUAUCGAAAUUCUUCGGAAGCUCCAGCGGCAGUGCCAAUUUUGCUCCAUCACUCUUCUCACCAUACAUCUCAUAUAUCAACUCAUAGUGACACAGGUGGUUAUUACAGAACAACUGGUACUAGUCCUCUCAUGACUUUAGGCACUUCUGCGCAUUCUGCCAACACAGCGUUAAGCAAUGGAAACCGACCGUACGAUGAUUUAGAAAGUGAAGAUGACUUAGACAGGGAAGAUAUUACAUUCCCUUCAGACGCAGAUGCAAAAUUGUCAGGGAGCAGUAAACGGAGUAGCAUGCAAAGCCGGGGAAGUACCAGUAGUCUAGUGGAACAGCGCAGUAUAACUCCUCGUUCUCAAGCAGCCACGCCCAGAUCUCAGGCGGCAACGCCACAUAGAUAUAAAAAAGGUGAUGUAGUGGCUACACCAAGCGGAGUUAGGAAAAAAUUCAACGGUAAACAAUGGCGUCGACUCUGUAGCAAAGAAGGGUGUUCCAAAGAAAGCCAACGAAGAGGAUAUUGUUCUCGUCAUCUUAGCUUGAAAGGAUCUGGUCUUAGAGGACCGACAAAUACAUUUCCGGGUGGUAAAAUAGAUGGCGAAGAGACAUCAAGAGACUCUGAUACUUCUCCAAAUUACGGGGAUAGAAGAAUUGCUGGUCGAUUUGAUCAGGAUGAAACUGAAGCUGCUAACAUGCUCGUGUCUUUAGGAAGUUCUAGAUCGGCAACGCCAGCCUUUUCAUCGCCGACGGGACAGUCUUCGAUAUCCCCGUGUAUCAAUCAGUCGCCGGUACCACCACUGGGACUGAACCAGAACAAUAUGUUUAUGCCCAUUUCAAGUCCUGCUCAUCAUGCAACUCCAUUAACGUCGCCUGGUGCGAAAUGGAAACAUUCACCUACUCAGUCCACGUUUCUUAAUCAGUAUCAACAGCAGGUGAUAAAGCCUGAACCUAAUCGAGUGGUUAGAUCAAAUCGACCAGCUCCAACGGCCCCUGUCCCAGCUAGUAUAGGAACAAGCGUGAUAAGAAUCUCUCCCGUGAGUCGUGGUAUACCCGGACCGCCUAAUUUGACAUUGGCAUGGUCGGAACAAAGCACGCCGCCGCGACAUCCCUCGGUUGUGACGACCAUAGCUCAACAACAACAAGGCAUAAUUCUUCAGCACGCGCUCACCACAAACAACGGUUUCCCCGGUCAUUCGGAAAUCCCGGAACAAAGUCCACAGAUACUGAAGCCAUCUCAUUCCCCUCAUAUGACUGCACUGUCCGCGCCGACACCUCAGAACUUAACUCUUCUGCAUAAACCGUUGGAACAGCCUGUUGAUUAUGCACAACCGCAAACUCAAAGCCAGCCAAUUUACGUGAUGCAGCAUCAACACGAAAAAAAGUAUCUUGUAAUAAAGAACAGCAUGGAUGUGUCCGCAGCAGGCCACAUAACGAACCAGGAUGACAAAUACAGGCCAGGAUUAAUGAAUCAGUUAGGUCAGCUUCCACCAUCGUUGCAUCAAACGCAAUGUCAACCUCCACUGUCGCCUGCUGUUUCAUCCGUCCAUAUCGAUAAAUUGUCGGUGUUACAAGCAAGUAAAGUAGCCACCCAUGCGCCCACGCAUAUGGACAUGCAGAGAACUCAACCACCGCCUACAAGCGUAGUGAUGACAACCACGACAGAAGUAUCGAAUCCAUCUACCCCCACAAGUGUCUUCCAGCACGUAAUUGUUCAACCGGGAAAUUUAAUACAGAUUCCAAAAACUCAACCGACCAGAGAAGAAAACUCAAAAAACAACGGAGUCUUGUAUGGCAGCCAUGAAGUCCCUCCUGUAUACCAGCCCCAUCCCCCAUCAUUACUGAACAAUGCAGGGCGCAACUGGAAAAAAGCUUUUUCCUGGCAGACGACAGUAUUGGAUCAAUCAGAAGUGAGUCCUCCACCAUCUGCCCUAAGUCCACCUUUGAGUGCACCUCCAAUUCCAAUAAGUAUGAGCACACCUGGUGAAGAGGUGCCUGGUCCAGGACCAGAUCCCAUUACCCCAGCUGAAGAGGAAGAUGAUGAUGUCUUUGAAGCGGAACCAACAACGCCCGCCGAAGUGGAGGCUAAUGUCAAUAAGAGACGUAGUCAGUCCCUUAGUGCGUUGCAUUCCAAAGAGCCACAGAGUCCACUUAAAACUAAGGAUCGAAUACGCCGACCGAUGAACGCAUUUAUGAUUUUCUCAAAACGUCACCGUGCAGUGGUGCACCAGCGGCAUCCGAAUCAAGAUAAUCGUACCGUGUCGAAAAUAUUAGGAGAGUGGUGGUACGCAUUAGGCCCAGAAGAAAAACAGAAAUAUCAUAAUCUUGCAUCGGAGGUGAAAGAAGCGCAUUUCAAAGCACAUCCGGAUUGGAAGUGGUGCAGCAAAGACAGGCGGAAAACAUCAACGACCAGUUUUAAAGGCAUUGAAUCUCGAGGGAAAUUAAAUAGUACCGGUGAAGAUGUAGACAUGGGACCACCUGAUGACGUAACAAUAACACCAAGGACUACCGACGAAAUUACUAUUCCUGUCACGACAGUCUAUAACGACGUCGCCACGAUUGAGGUUAUUAAUCCGUCGCACGCGCAUCGAAUAAUGGAAGUGCCUGUGCAAGUUGAAAAUACCGAAUCUGACAUAAAGCAGGAAGAAGACGGCAAUGCAUCAGACGAAGAUCAAAUGGUGAUUUGCGAGGAUCCACAGCCCGAAAUAGAUUUGAAAUGCAAAGAUAAAUUAACAGAUAGCGAUAAUGAUGUGCAAGAUGACGACGGCGAGAAGAAAUGUUAUACGCAAUCGCGGUUCUCGCCUGUCAGUGGUCAGAAGAUAGAGGCAUUGAGUGUGAAGCAAGAAGUUACCUGUAGGCCUAAACCAAUAAAAGCACGAAUACCUUCAACAGGUAUAGAGACUACAACAAAGUAUCAUCACGCCUCUAUGGAUAAAGGCGGAACGGUGUCUGUUUUGUCGAGUACGUAUCCUUAUCAUAGCCCUGUCAAUCCGACUGGAGUGUCCGGUUUUCAACCGACUGGCGGUGCGUUCAUAACAAUGCCAAUAUCUCCAAAAGUUAUUAAACCGGAACCAGUAAAAAGUGAACAGCAGUACAGUACUCAGUACAGCAUGAGCAAUCUGGUGGCUAGCAUUCACGAAAAUGGCAGGAACAUGCCUAAAUUUACAGCUGCUCCAGUACAUUCUGCUUCACAAAUACAUUCUCAGCCGUUGCAGUCCUUAGGCACUAUUCUUCGCCCCCUUACUUCAGCUGUCCCUUAUCAACAAUCGGUCACUCUAACAUUGCUCGAUAACGAUUUGGUGGCUGUUUCCAAACCGCAGCAGGGAUCGCAGUACCUUGAUCCAGCACCACCGCAUCCAAGGAUGUACUGUGGCUUUCAAAUCCCUAUCUCUGAUGCUGGUAACCGCAACAUAUCUUCACAAGGUUUAGUUUCCGGUAAUAAGAUGGAAACCCACAGUGUUAUUGUGAGUAAACCUUACUCAGUUUCAACGACUUCCACUACGUCGACCUACCGAGGAAUUGGUCAUCCAGUAGCACGCCUUGCGGAAUCCGAGAAGAACGAGAACCAAGUAGGAAAUAAUCAUGCUCAGUUUUAUGUGACGAACAUCAAAUCUGAAUCAGACAGGAAAGACGCGAUCAACAUUCUUUUACCUGCUACAAACGAUAAACAUAAACAGCCUCCUACUCCACAUACUCCUCACACACCUAUUAGCAACCAUGGUAGUACAGACAUGUCUGCAAAUAAAUCAUAUUCCAUAGAUGAAGCCCAAAAUAAUGAUAUAGGUCCAAGUAAAGGGCCCUUCAUGCUUGCCCCAACGCCAGCACAACUUGGUCGAGCACCGUUGCAAAGGAGACAAUCAAUGGCAAUGCCUCCCACAUCGAAUGCAGGAGACCAUGGGCCUUUGACGUCUCAGCAUUGCGACAAUCGUCCACAAAUGAAUGCCUCGCAAACCGUAGAACAGAUGCAGCAGCAACAACAACAACAAAAUUUUCCAGAAUCUCAUGCUUCACCGUCACCUUCCACCAAAAAGGGAUCUUUCUUCAAGAAGAAUGUCGAAGAUGGAAUGGACAGAGUUCUCGAGCAAGUUAAUUUCCAGGAAAAGUUCUCGUCCUUACCGGAAUUCAAACCGGAAGACAUACAAAGUCCAAGUGCAAUCAGUAUCAGUACACCAAGUUCAUCUGCUCAUGGUUCCGUAGUAACGUCUGGCUUACACUCGUCGAAUUUACAAUCGUCCAUGCAAAUGCAGAGUUAUCGGAAAAAAUCCAUGCAAGGACCUCAUAGGCCUACAAUGAAUGAGGAUGACAUCGAAUCAGAUACAUCAGUGUCCGCCACUCCAAAAUCAACUUCCAGUGUCAAGUUAACAGGAAACACGUUCUUUGGUCCAGAUUUCAACGUUGACGCGUAUAGAGCUAACAGCGAUCUCGGAGGAGACGUUGACGCGAAUUCACCUAGAACACCAAAGACACCUGGAGGAGGUGCUGGAAAUUCGGUCGGAAUUGGUAGAAGUGAAAACGAGCGUGGUCAUAGAAAAGUAUUGGAGCAACGUCGGCUUCUUGUGAUGCAAUUAUUUCAAGAGAAUGGUUACUUCCCGUCAACGCAGGCCACCACGGCUUUUCAAACGAAACACGCGGAUAUAUUUCCUAAUAAGACAAGCUUGCAAUUAAAGAUAAGAGAAGUCAGACAAAAAUUAAAAGCUAACUCAACACCAAUGAGUGCUAACAGUCUGGUUAGUCCAUUACCUGUUUCUGAGCCUUCACCUAACGUGACUGGACCAUUGACUGCUCCUCCUACAUCGAUGGGAGCUCCACAUUCACUGCCUGUAAGCAGUAGUGGUAGCUAGCACCCACGUGCCAACUGUGAUACUAUGCAUCCCCUUACUCCACAGCACGAGUACAUCAUUAUCCACUGAAAAAGGAAAGUUUUUGUUGGGAGAAUUGUUGAUGUACAAGUUUUCGCGAGUUGUAAAGUGCUGCAAGGCUUUAGUGCAAUUCGAACUUUGAUGUAACCUGGUGCAGGUAACUUAAUAGACAGGCAUAUCAAGGU